GAUCACGAUAGUAGAGUGGGCAGUGUUAGCUGGCUACUGCUUCGUCCAGUGUUGAUCAUUUAAUAUUCCGGGUAUUGUUAAGCCAUUAAAAUAACACAAUAACGAAAUGAAAGUAAUUUAGUUAGAUAAACUAUGCGGUUAUUCAUGACUGAACUUCUCGGCUAGUCGUGUGUUCAUUGUUAAAUUAUUUAUUCUAAACGGGAUCCGAAAAUGUGUUCCUAACUGCAAGAAACGUGGCAUGGGGAAAAUAGGGAUGCUGUGAGAUCUGCAGUAAUGCCACAUUUGGACGAAUAUGCUGGAAGCAGUGUGUGGCGCACAGUAGCCUAUGCAGAAUUUACGGAUAACAAACACCAAGCUGUCUUAACAAGACACAGAACUUGUCUAUUAACUAAAAGACGAAAAUAUUUAUUUGUGCUAAUUUCUCAAUCCCGUCGUUUAUAGGGCUCUGUGCGCAGUAACCAAUUCUGCACCGCUAGUAAUUGCAUUGUCAUACAUAGCAUACUGGUGCCUGUCCUGUGGGCAUAGUCUAGUUUAUCAUUACUUCACAGAUUAAUUGGGAUGUUGUAAUGGAAGCGAUUUGGAUCUACCAGUUCAGAUUAAUCGUAAUUGGUGACUCGACAGUGGGAAAAUCCUGUUUGCUGCGUCGCUUCACCGAAGGGAAAUUCACGGAUAUAUCUGAUCCGACGGUGGGGGUAGACUUCUUUGCCCGCCUGGUGGAGAUCGAACCAGGCAAGCGUAUCAAACUUCAACUCUGGGAUACAGCAGGCCAAGAGAGAUUCAGAUCCAUAACACGCUCGUACUACAGAAAUUCCGUGGGAGGAUUGUUGGUCUUUGACUUGACCAACCGGCGGUCGUUUGAACACUUGAAAGACUGGUUAGAGGAGGCAAAGAUGCACGUGCAGCCAUUUCAAAUAGUAUUCCUCCUGGUGGGCCACAAGUGCGACCUCGCGCAACUGCGCCAGGUGAGCCGCGAAGAAGCUGAGAAAGUGGCUUUGGCCUUUGGCAUGAAGUACGUCGAGACCUCAGCGAAGGACACUGUUAAUGUCGAAGAAUCUUUCACUAUACUAACGAGGGAUAUCUACGAACGCGUGAAAAGUGGUGAAAUAAACAUUCAAGAGGACUGGGAAGGGGUGAAAAGUGGAUUUAUCCCUAAUGUUGUCCACUCUUCAGAGGAAGCGGUAAAACCAGGUCGAAGGUGCCCGUGUUAGUGCAGUCGAGUGUGGAAGUUUACAGCAUCCUGCAGCCAAAGAUAAGCGAUGACCCAGGGCGGAAUUUUAACAAUGCACAGUGGAAACUGCAUCAUUACCGGAAACAUGUCAUCCUUGAAGCAAUCCAAAGAUUGUUAUAGUUUAACACUAUAGUAGGCUAUUACUUAUUUUGCGAAUAACUAUAUCAUGGUGUGAUAUAACUCAAAAUGUAAAAUAUACCAAAAGCCUGGAGCUGUGUCAUUUCCCCCAUGCCUAGGCCUAUAUGCUAGUUGCCUACUUAUUUGCAGAAGCUUAUAAUGCAAAUUUCAGAUCCUUGUUUACAUAAGAACUCGACAAUAUUUUUUCGAGUUUAUGCAGUGCUGGAGAAGAAAAACAGCAUAUAAUACCUUUGAUUGAAUUGAUUUGUUGAUGUAUGUGCCUCAACUCGAAAGAUAGGCUACCAAAAGCAAGAAUUAUCUGUCUGAUUAAUGAAAGGGCUAAGAAUGUAUUUUGAUGAUGUCAGUUACAUUCGCAUGUAACAAGAGACCGCUUCGUCCACAUUUUCAUAUUAUAUUUCACUGCCAAGCUAUUUUAUGUGGUGUGGUUGAAACCCCAGUACAAUUCAAUAUUUAAGAUUUAUUGAAGAGAACCCAACGCAUUUAACUGUCUGUGAGUCACAGUCCUUGUCUUUCCCAAAAAAGUCAAACAUCUUUACCCAGCCCAAUCACAUAGGCUAGGCAUUUUAAAGAUGUAGCCUAUUUAGCUCAGAAAAUAAUUUCCCCUGUUCAUGUCAAAUAAUGUUAAUAGUGCAUGGCACCAUGGACUAGCACAUUUGAAAAUCCAAAUUGACAAAACAACCAUCUGACAAUAAAAUGAGAGCGUGUGAAAUUUGAAUGUGAGCAGUCGUUCCAGACGCACAUGUGCCUGGAUUUCUCCCUUUAGCCUAUAUCAUACAAAUACAUACAACGAAUUUGUAUGCCCCCGUUCCCGAUUUAAACUAUUAGCUGGUGGGUUAAUCUGUGGCACUUGAAAAUGAACACAUCACAAAGGUGUGUUCUUGUUUGUACUAAAAAUGAACUACUGAUUUAUGAUCGAUGAAUGUAGUGUCUGCUGUAUUGUGUGGUGUCAUUAACAAUGCAUUCACGGUGAGUUGACGCCAAAGGAAGUCCCAAAGGAACAAAAUGUGUUUUGAGCACUGCACAUUUUGUGUUGCAAAUGCAAUCAGUAGCAUUGAAUGGUUUUGUUUGUUUCCAAUUUCUAAUGUCAAACUUUUAAAGAUUUCUUCCCGAUAUAAAACUUUCGCGUUCAUAGUAUUUGAGGAUAGCUACUAUAGCCGAUAUGCAAACGGCAAAUACAGUGCAAAGACUGAGUGUUGAAACGAGAACAGUGCGAUUGGCAAUUGCUAUGUGAUAAUAUCGCAUUAUGUAUCUUAAAAGACAAUGCUUAAUUGCUUAUGUAGCAUUACAGCUGUGCGUUGAAUACAGACCUUUCCUCAAUAAAUAAUGUAUUGAAAAACAAA